AGCCCAGCCAUCAUUGAUGCUCCGCUAAGACCACACCCGCGCUCUUUGGCUGUUCAUAGGUCUGCAAUUUUGCAUCACCAGCACCGGAUCUUCUCGUUCAAGCCCCUCUUUCAUCCUCAGCUUCCAUCAUCAGCAGAUACCAUGAAGGUGCGUUCAUCAGUGAAGAAGAUGUGUGAAUUUUGUAGAACAGUUAAACGCCGAGGGCGAGUGUAUGUACUAUGCACUGCCAACCCCAAGCACAAACAAAGACAAGGCAUGUCAACAGUUUCUUGUGAAGGCCCCCUCUCUCUGAUAUCCUCGGAGACAAGUCCCAAACAGGUGCCUUUACUCAGUCAUGACUUGAGAACUGGCCUGCCUUCUGCUUUGCCAAAAAAGAAUGAAACUUCUAUUAUGUAUGGAUGGAGAACCAGUCUGGCUUCUCUUUUAUUCAACCAGGGCAAUAAGCAGUAGAGGAGAUAUGGCACAAACGCGAACUUGCUGGUCAACCUACAGUUCCUACAUUCGGUAUCCUGGAAAUGGCCUUUGUGCUGCCAUCUGAUUACUUCACUUCUCCAAUACCAACACUGGUCUUGGCUUUCUUGGUCAUGUUGUUUUGAAACUGCUUAUCGUCGUGUUCUUUUCCAUUUCUUCAUUUGCUACCCCCAUUCCUCUUUUCCUUUAUAUUAAGGAACAAACUUUGCAGAAAAGAAAAUCGUAGCAACCAUUAUGGCAAACAUUCAGAUUCCUUCGUUUAUGGAAACGAAAAUUUGUUCA